ACAAAAUAUUCGUGGCUCGGGAAUCAUUGGGUGUAUGCAUCAUGUGAUGGCUAUUCUGCAUGCUGUAUAAAUGUCACAGCUAGCAAAUAGAACACAGUAAUUUAAUAUCUCUACGUAAGUACACGCUAUAUAGGCCUAAAAGUAGUGUGACCCCGCAAUCAUCAUCAUCAUUAUGGCUACCAAAAAAGACCACAAAAUUUCAAAAGCAGACUCCAAAAAGCCAAUAGCAGUUAGAGUCCACCCUAUCAAUGUAGGGCAAGGAGAUGCAAUAUUACUGGAGGUUAAAUAUGAUAAAGGGUCAUCCAAAAAGUGGCUGAUCGAUGGUGGCCGAGGACAAAAAUCAACAUUUUCUAACCUGAUAACAGCUCUGGACGAGAACGAUUGCAUAUCAAUAUCGACAGAUGGCACCUAUCAACAGAUAAAGCUUGAAUCGAUUGUCAAUACUCAUCCAGAUGCCGACCAUUAUGGAGGAAUUAAUGCACUUUUAGGUACUGGAAACGAAGAAAUUAGAAAGUUGGGUGAAAAGUUCACUGUCUGCUGUCCCAUCAUAACCACCAAGGCUGCAAGUUUGUAUGUGACAGAUGAAAUACCUGGUAAUGAAACCACGUAUGAGUGGUAUCACGAUCACGAUGCAGGUGAUUGCCCUCAUUUCUGGUUUCCGAAGGAACGAGGACUAGUAUUAGAAAAUCUACAUCAACAAUCGACUGUAGAAAUAAAAAAAAAUGAUGAUAAGCGAGAUUGUAACGAAACAAGUGUUUUGACAACUGUGCAGAUACCGGGAAGCACAUACGAUUACGAUGUGGUGUUGACUGGCGACUCAAAUGGUGAGAUCAUCCUUGACACACUCAAACUAAAGUCUGAAAAAGACAAGCUGCGUAAGACCGUUGGUGUUUUCCAAGUGCCUCAUCACGGAAGCAAGAACAACAGUACAUGUACUACAAAAGGAGAAGGUUCUUACCUGAGUUGUCAUACAUUUUACAUGGAAUUUGAUGCAGACAUCUACUUAAUCAGUCAUGGCAAUCACAGAGGCUACGAUCAUCCGCAUAGUGAAGUUAUCACAGGCAUUCUCUCUGCAGCUGUCAAGAAAGAACAGCAUUGUAAAAUAGUAGUCACAGCAACACGGUUUAAUGGAACCAAAAUCAUUGAGGAUGAUACCGUAAGCAACUGGAGGUAUUAUGUUGAUAUCUACAAUUUUCCACCGUAUGUCACCCUGGAUCCAAACGAUGUGAAACCGCCUGAGGGUUUAAAGCUGUAUAACAAAAAGGUGCCAGCACCGAGUUUAGAAGAAAAACUCGCAAAAAAUAAUUUGCAGAGGAGGGAGGUAAUUGAUCAUGACGGCAACAGCUUCUUUAAAGCCGUCAGUAAAGCACUAGAACACAAGCAAAACUCACCCACUGAGCUGAGAAAGAGGCUUGUUAAACACUUGAAGACAAAUUCAAAAUUAUACUAUUCAAGAUUGGGAGCAACUUCAAUGAAAGAGUAUAAGACGCUCUGUUCACUGGAUGGCCCUUUAUCCUCUAAUAUUGAAAAAAUUCUGCCUGAGGCAAUGGCACAGACACUACGAAUGCAAAUAAAAGUUAUCCCUGCGAAUCCUAAACAAGAGGACAAGUUUUAUGGAACUGAACCUGCUAUUCAACUACUACACGACAUUGAUCACUAUGACUACGUUCUGCCAAUUACGUCUCCAGGAGAUACCAUAAACAAAUCAGACGCAUUGCCACUUCGUACUACAGAGACUCCUCUCAAGAGAAAAGAAAGUCCAGCCUCAGCAAACGGAACAUUAAGCAGACGCAAACUGGUUCUACCUGCAGCUGGUACAAGUAAAAUAUGCAACAUCUGCAAGAAAUCAGCAACUCCCAAGACCACAUGGUAUGAUUGCAAGAACCCUAAAUGUCCAGUCAAUACACACACUACAUGUGAAGAGAAAUCGAGAAAAAAAAAGGAAGCAACUUCCCCCUAUUGUAAAUAUUGCAGAACGAAGAAAACAAAAUAAUGGAGAAUCUCCUUCGUGUCGAGUCUGUGGGGGAGCUGGCCACGUCCAUUGUAUCGAAGGAAUAAGCAAUCAAACAACUGAUAGAGAUAAGUAGUGCAUUAAUUAGGUAGAGCACACUUAUAACAAAAAAAUUAUGUAGGGCUAGUGUAGUAAUGUGCACAGUAAUCAAUCGGUAUUUAUAUUUAGUACAAGACUAUUCAGUGCAUCAAAAGAGUAACAAGAUCAUUAUAGUUAUGCAGUAUAAUUUUG